AUGGACGGGUCAACCCUUGGUAAUCUUGGGCCCUCUGGGGGAGGCGGCAUUUGCAGGGACCCAGCUGGGUCUUUCCUUUUUGCGUUCUCUCAUGCGUACGGGACAGGUACAAAUAACAGAGCGGAACUCCGCGCUUUGUAUGAUGUCAUGGUUCUAAGUGCGAAUUUUGGUUAUGAUCAGAUUCUACUUGAAUCAGAUUUGAAAUGUGUAGCUGAUAUCUUCAAUGGGAGGUCCUCACCGACCUGGCGAUGGAGAUAUUGGUGGACUCGGAUCUCCUCUUUGAAGAGCAGGUGUACCUUUUCCUUUUCUCUAAUCCCGAGAGAAGGGAACGGCCCAGCUGAUGGAUUAGCAAAGGCAGGAGCUAUGAGUCAAAUUGAUACGGUGUAUGACAAUGUGAAUGCUCUCCCAAACUACAUCAGGGGCCUGUACAGGGUGCCUGUUUUGUUGGGGUGUAUAUGA